GUUAGCGGGCACUGUUUCAUGACGAGCAAUAAUCCGGUGCAGGUGCUGACAGUACUCACGUCUGCCUGCUUGAACACGUCAUCAUUUGCACCUGGAGACACUGCCGUCUCCCUACUCUUACCCACCAUUUUGUUCUCCAACAAUUACAUAUUCAGCACGCCACGCACCAGAGAAGUGACGCCCCGCCAUUUCAUUAGCCUGGUGGCCACGGAGAUGGUCUUCGCUCAUAUUUGUAUGGACGAGCAGGCGUUACCGGACAGAUUUGUCUGGCAUGAUGUCGAGGGCACCAACGAAUGGUUGGUUGCCAGUAGUGAGGUCAGCGAGGGCAGUCACGUGAUCAGGACUGACCGGCACCAGACCUUCGGCUGCUACCUGUACGGAGUGGCUACCUCUUUUGGCUACAUGCACAGUGCUGGACACAAGAUCGCCUCCAUCAGCGAGCCUUGCUUUAAAACCCCAAUGGUGAUGGGUGAUGGUAAAGACAACGAUUGUGAUGGUAGAAUCGAUGAAGAAAUACUGAAUGAAAUCGAUGAUGAUUUAGAUACUCAGUUCAACGAGGACGUGGAACCUAACUACCCAAUUGAUGGUCAAUGGGGUAUUUGGAAAGAAUGGGACUGUUCACCUUUGUGCAAUGAUUCGCGCUUAUCUCGCUAUAGAGUCUGCGAUGAACCUAGGCCGGCUUACGGAGGACGCCUAUGCGACGGUACUGCGAAAGAGUUUAAAAAUGGGACUUGCCGGAGGAAGAUCUGUCCUGAAGAAUGCCCAGCCUGGAGUUGGGGCGUGGAUUGCCUACACACGUGCCAGAACUGUCAGAGUGAGUGUAACAAAACUUUGGGGAGCUGUGAGGUGUGUCAUGCCGGCUACAAGGACCCCAAGAAUGGAUGUAAACGUGAAUGUUCAAUUUAUCAGUACGGGAUAAACUGCGCCUUUAGUUGUAUUGAGAAAUGUAAUGCUGACUGUAGUGAUAAAAUCACCGGUGCGUGCAAAGCUCAAAAAUUAACGUUCAUACCACAUCUGAUUGUUUUAUUAUCGGUCCCACUAAUUAUAUUUAUUUACAAAGUGUUAUCACGGCGAAAGGAGCUGGCUGAUGAAGAAGAUUAUUUUGCUGUGUACUGAAAACUAUUUAUGAUUAAGAUUGACUGGGCAGUGAAGCUGAAUUCUGAGAAUAUAAAUUAUGUAGAGUCGC